UUUUUCCCCGUGCCUUUUUGCUCUACAACUGCAACAACGUUACAUACACCAAAUAUUCAAAUUCUAAGUGCUAUAUAUACAACUAGUAUAGGAGCAAUAUCACACAUCAAGAAGCUUAUUAGCAACCUAAGGUAACAUUCGUUAAUUAAAUAAAAAAAAAUGCCGAUUUCUAGAAUCGCCAUUGGAAAUGCUUCAGAGUUCAGCCAAGCUGAUGCACUUAAGGCUGCACUUGCAGAGUUCAUCUCCAUGCUUAUCUUUGUCUUUGCUGGGGAAGGCUCUGGCAUGGCUUAUAACAAGCUAACGAACAAUGGCGCAGCAACACCAGCUGGUGUAGUGGCGGCUUCUCUGUCCCAUGCCUUUGCACUUUUCGUGGCGGUUUCCGUCGGUGCUAACAUCUCCGGUGGCCAUGUCAACCCUGCCGUCACAUUUGGCGCCUUUGUCGGUGGCCACAUUACCCUCCUUAGAAGCAUUUUGUACUGGAUUGCUCAGUUGCUUGGCUCCAUUGUUGCUUGCUUGCUCCUUAAAUUCGCCACUGGUGGAUUGGAAACAUCUGCAUUUGCACUUUCAUCUGGGGUUGGAGCAGCAAAUGCGGACCCAAAGAAGGGUAACAUUGGAAUAAUUGCACCAAUUGCAAUUGGCUUCAUUGUUGGUGCAAACAUCUUGGCUGGUGGUGCCUUUGAUGGUGCAUCCAUGAACCCAGCAGUGUUAUUUGGGCCUGCUGUUGUUAGCUGGACCUGGGCCAACCAUUGGGUCAAUUGGGUUGGCCCAUUUAUUGGUGCAGGAAUUGCUGCACUUGUCUAUGAGCUUUUCUUCAUCAACCAAAACACUCAUGAGCAGCUUCCAACCACAGAUUAUUGAAAGACCUGAACUCCUGAUGAAGGGUAAAACAGUAAAACCACACACUU